AUGUUGUCUCGUACCAUAAGAAGUGCUAGAAAUCUUCGCAUGCAUACUCCAGUGGCAGUAUGGCGCCCAAUGAUGGCAAAUCAAAGAUUUUUCCAGACUUCGGUGCCCAAUUUCCAUGGCCAUAUUCAUAAACCUAAACCUGGCGAAGAGCUCCAUAUAACUUUCAUAACGAAGGAUGGAUCUCAGAAAACAUUCGAAGUGGCGGAAGGUGACAAUAUUCUCGACAUUGCUCAAGCACAUAACUUAGACAUGGAAGGUGCCUGUGGUGGAUCCUGUGCAUGUUCGACUUGUCAUAUCAUCGUGGAUCCUGAGUUAUAUGACGAAAUUCCGGAACCGGAUGAUGAUGAGAAUGAUAUGCUCGACUUGGCAUUUGGAUUGACGGAGACAUCCAGACUAGGAUGCCAGGUGAAGAUGACUAAGGAAUUGGACGGUAUAAGAGUUGCUUUGCCAGCUAUGACAAGAAACUUACAAUCUAAGGACUUUAAUUAG